AUGGAUUUCAACAAGUGCCAGGGCAAAACGCCCCACCGUAACCAAAGACGUUUUAUAGCCCUUGCCCACCAGCACCCCACCUGUCUGUUCACCCCAGCCCUGUUCCCAGCCCUGUUCCCACCUGUUCCCACCCCACUGUUCCACCCCACCAGCCCCACUGUUCCACCCACCCACCACCUGUUCCUGUUCCCACCCUGUUCCUGUUCCCACCCACCUGUUCCAGCCCCACCUGUCUGUUCCCAGCCCCAGCCACCUGUCUGCUCCACCUGUUCCCUGUUCCCACCCCACUCCACUCCACCUGUUCCCACCCACCCCUGUUCCCACCACCUGUUCCCAGUCUCAGCUCCCAGCCCCAGCACCUGUCUGUUCACCCUGUUCCACCACCCUGUUCAGCUCCCAGUUCCACCCCUGUUCCACCCCAGCCCACCUGUUCCCAGCCCCACCAGCUCCACCCCCAGCCUCAGCCCCAGCCCACCACCUCCCACUCCCACUCCACCCCCACCUCCACUCCCCAGCCUCAGCUCCCAGCUCAGCCCCACUCACCCCUGUUCAGCCCCACCAGCCCCACCAGCCUCCACUCACUGUUCCACUCCAGCUCACCCACCCACUCCAGCCCCCAGCCCCACUCCACCAGCUCCCUGUUCACCUGUUCCAGCCCCCACCACCCCACCAGCCCUGUUCCUGUUCCCCAGCUCCCACCCCAGUUCCUGUCUGUCUCCCCAGCCCCACCUGUUCCCAGCCCUGUUCCUGUUCCCACCUGUUCCCAGCCUCACCCCAGCCCCAGCCCACUGUUCCUGUGCCACCCCACCCACCCCCCAGCCCCAUGUUCCCCAGCCUGUUCAGCCCCAGCCUGUUCCCAGCCCUGUUCCCAGCUCAGCCCAGCCCCUGUCUCCACCCCACCUCAGCCCCACUCCACCCCACUCAGCCCACGUUCAGCCCCACUCACCCCACUCAGCCCCCAGCUCCCACCCAGCCCCUGUUCAGCCUCACCCAGCCCAGCUCAGCCUCCCAGCCUCAGCCCAGCCUCAGCCUAGCUCAGCUCAGCUCACUCACUUAGCUUUUAGCUUCCAGCCUUUAGCUUAG